UCCCCCUUCCCAAACGGCCGCCGGGCUCACGUGACCGCCGGGCGGCCAACCGGGUUUGAACCUGGGUUUGUUACCCGCCCUCUUCCCUCCCGCAGCGCUUCUGCGAUCAGAUCGAUCUAAGAUGGCGACGGUGGAACCGGAAACCACUCCCAACCCUCAGCCUUCAGAAGAGGAGAAAACUGAGCCAGCACCUAGUCAGGAGGUUGCCAGCCCUGAACAGUAUAUUAAGCAUCCACUACAAAACAGAUGGGCACUGUGGUUUUUUAAAAAUGACAAGAGCAAAACUUGGCAAGCAAAUCUUCGUCUUAUCUCGAAGUUUGAUACUGUUGAAGAUUUUUGGGCUUUAUACAACCAUAUCCAGCUCUCUAGUAAUUUAAUGCCUGGUUGUGACUACUCGCUCUUUAAGGAUGGUAUUGAACCAAUGUGGGAAGAUGAAAAAAACAAGCGAGGAGGGCGAUGGCUAAUUACACUAAACAAACAGCAGAGACGAAGUGACCUUGAUCGCUUCUGGCUAGAGACACUGCUGUGCCUUAUUGGGGAGUCGUUUGAUGACUACAGUGAUGAUGUAUGUGGUGCUGUUGUUAAUGUUAGAACUAAGGGUGAUAAAAUAGCAAUAUGGACAACUGAAUGUGAAAACAGGGAUGCUGUUACACAUAUAGGGAGAGUAUACAAGGAAAGAUUAGGACUUCCUCCAAAGAUAGUGAUUGGUUAUCAGUCCCAUGCAGACACAGCUACUAAGAGCGGCUCCACCACUAAAAAUAGGUUUGUUGUUUAAGAAGACACCUUCUGAGUAUUCUUUCAUAGGAGACUGCGUCAAGCAAUCGAGAUUUGGGAGCUGAACCAAAGCCUCUUCAAAAGCAGAGUGGACUACAUUUAAAUUUGAUUUCCAUCUAAGUGUUGCUAAGAUUUGUGGGAAGUCUCAUUUGCCUUUGUCUUGUACUUCUGUGUUCAGUUUUUUCUAUUUGGCUGAAGUAACCAUUACAAAUCAGAAUUUUAGUACACUUCACCCCCCGAAUCCAUAAAUGUUUUCCUGGCCCACUCUGUAAUAGCUUGGUAGAAACAUUACUAUUACAAAAGAAAAAAUUGUUUAUCCACAGUAUUCAGAAAAGAAGUUGCAUUUCUGUACCUGCAGGAAAUUACUCUGUUUUACAUUUGCAUUGUAUGCAGUAACAUUUUGCUGGUUUGAAAAAGAGUAUGGUGCAUACAGUUUUCUAGCAAUUUUUUUAUACAGCAUCCUCUUUGCUGUAACCUAUGCUGGUGGCUGCUAGAUUAAUUUAUUUGUUUUCCCUAUUUGAUAACAUUAGUGAUAUUUUGAUUUCAGUUGUUUUUGCUCAUGUAACAUUUGGUGAAGAAUAUGGGAAUAUGACAAAGGUGGAAUAAACAUUAAUUUUGUGCAUUCUUUGGUAAUUUUUGGUUUUUUGUAACAUCAAAACUUUGCUACAAAUUUAUGCAUUUCAGUCAAAUCGGUGAUCUGUGUGAUUUCCUAAACAUAAUUGUGGAUUUUUUAAUGUAACACCAUAAUUUACAUUCCUUACUAGAAAUAGUAUGUCUGUUUUUGUAUCUUACGCUGUAUUUUAACACUUUGUAUUACUUAGGUUAUUUUGCUUUGGUUAAAAUGGCUCAAGUAGAAAAGCGGUCCCAUUCAUAUUAAGACAGUGUACAAAACUGUAAAUAAAAUGUGUACAGUGAAUUGUCUUUU